AAAUGAUGGCAUUACCACACAAUCCUGAGCUAGCUAGCUGGGGCUUAACUAAACUACUAGCCGGCACAUGUACAGAAACUCAGUUAUGCCCCAGAUCAAGGUUGAACAAGAGGGUAUUGUCUUACACUGACCCAACACUGAGCGAUAACCAUGAUCUGGAACAACUUCAAUUCUAGGUGUGAAAUCGGGGUCAGAUCCAACUCGUCCAAUGUCUCGUCUAGAUGCCUGGCAAACGGGUGCAUCUGGAGCUAUCAGUAGAGAUGUGAUAGACUGGCUAUGGAGAUGCUCCCACCUCCUGACUCUCUCUCUACUGCUCAUCCUCCAACUAACAACUCCGGGCAAUUCUAUGUGUAGUCCAACUGACAGGAGAUGGACACAGUACUUGGUUAGCCCACUCCCCAGUGACUUUGGGGGACAGAGUACACUGGGUGAUUGUACAUUAAAUGGACGGUGUCUUGGACCAUUGUUUGGACUAGCUAGAGAUAGACUAGGUGAUGGAGACUUGGGCCCACCAACGCUUGAUGAUGGUACUUUUGUUGGCCAUGCUUGGGAUCAGACUGUCAGUAUCAUAUUUACUCUUACUACUACGGACACUGCAUACGUGGAGGGACUCAAUCUCUACUUCUACAACAUUCCCUCUCGAAGAAUUGGACUACCUUACAAUAUCAGAAUAACCUCACCAUCUGGUGACCAUCCAUAUCAACUGGAGGGUAAUGAUAACUUGACCCUGGAUGAUAAUGGACGACGAAGUGUCACCCUUAUCCCAGAAUCACUCUCUUUGACUCCUACCAGUAAUACCUUCACAAUCAUAUUCGAAUUUUCAGACACUGAACAGAUCGACUGGCUUCUCUUGACUGAGGUGGAGAUAUGCACAUCAGUAUCAGUUGUACUCCUCCCCAACCCUCCUCCCAUCAACUUCACCCCGGACACUGUGGGGACCAUCUCCCCACCCACCAUCAACUCCUCAUUCAGCCUGACCUGCUCUGUCCCUGAGGGGCGGUUUGACUGGACCUGGACUCGGCUUACUGGUGACACCCUCCCUCCAGCACGAGUACUCAAUGCUGGGAGGACUAGUGUUCUGGAGCUAUCACAACUCAGCAGUAAUGAUGCCGAUACCUACCGAUGUCUGGCCACUCACACAUUCGGAACAUUUGAAACACCGGUGUCAAAUAGCGUUGAUAUCACCCUCUUACUUCCAGGUACUCUACAAGCUGAGAAUGGAACGAUUCAAGUUACAGCCAGUGAUGACAGUGCAUGCAGUGCUGAGGUGCUCUCUCUAUGGCUACCUUUCUUCAAUGGCUGUUCCUUCAAUUACUUGGCAAUUAUCUAACAAUGAACUAC